GUUGUAAUGUGUACGGUCUCGGGACUGGGAACGAUCGUCUUCUAGGAUGGAUACGUUUGGGGAAAACGCCCACAGACGUUUUGUCCAGGUUACUGUCGUUUAUCGAGAAUACGACAGAUAUAGUGCAGUCAAUCGGAAGAAUAAUUAAGCCGUUGUAUUGGAAGUGAACACUCAUGGCGUCGUCAAGUUUCUCAAGAGAACAGCUCGAUGAGAGAUUUCUUCAGUGUCCCAUAUGCUUAGAUCGAUUCCGUAAACCGAAAAUACUUCCAUGUUUUCAUUCCUUCUGUCGAGAAUGUUUGGUGUCUAUUUCCAAGAGCGGAAAGAACACCGUUACCUGCCCAUUGGACAGACGUCUCCACAAAUUGCCCCCGAAUGGUAUAAAUGGCCUCCCGGAUAGUUAUUUUUUGAAUGACUUAAUGGAUUUUAUCGACUGGGGAGGAGAGGAUGCCAUUACUGAGGAACGCCAGGGAAAAAUGUGCGAAGGUGGCUGUGAGAGGGGCGCGCGUGUCUAUUGCGUCGAAUGUGGACAAUUUUUGUGUGAUAUCUGCUCAAACUCGCACAAAAAUCUCAAAGCCACAAAAACACAUAAGCAAUUUACAGUCGAGGAAUACGAAGCAACAUUUCAAACUAAAUCGCCAUUUGUAAGACCAAUUGUAUGCCCGGUGCAUGACGGGAACCAAAUCAAGCUCUACUGUGGGACGUGCAAGAUUCCAAUUUGUCUCGAAUGUGCUGUAUACCAGCACGUUCAACCCGCGCAUGCGCAUAUCCCUCUUCAAGAAGCACUAACGAAACGUCGAUCGGCAUUGUGGUCGGCAAAGAAAAGCAUGACUAGAAAGCUUAGCAAAGUCAAAGGAGACAUUAAAGAAGUUGACAAACUCUCGCGAGAAAUUGACCGAGAGUUGCAGCACGCGGAACGAGAUGUGAGGUCCACAACACGUCACCUGGUUGAACUUUUGCGGCGAAAUGAAGAGUCUCUUAUACGGCAACUCCGAGAGAAACACUCCGACGAAAGUCAGGAGGUCUUGAUGCGAAAGGAGAAUAUGGAGAUGCUGUCGACAAAAAUAGAAAAAUCGUGUUCUUUCGCAGAAGUGAUGCUAAACCAGAGUAAUGAUAUUGGCUUCCUCUGCUUGGAAAAGCAGGCUGAAGAAAAAAUGCGAGAACUGUUAGAAGAAAGGGCCGAGGUACCUGAACAGGUGUCAAUAAAAUUCACCAAAAAUAACAAGUUCCCCAACUGCCUGACAACGGAUAAAAUAGGCGUCGUAUCGACGAGCAGAGAUUCACAGACAACUUUCAGAUUUCGUUUGGCAUUGACAAUUACGGAAAUCGAGCCGACAUUUCGACGACGGCUAUCGCUGAUUAUGAAGGAUAGAACUAGUUGGAAACACAAACUAACUUUCCCACGUGGCGUGACCAUCACCUGUGAGGGCGAUAUCAUUGUGGUGAGCAGUGACGACCAGCGCGUGUUCGUCUUUGACAACAACGGACGCUGUAAGAACCAAUUUACGGCAAACAGUCGAAUAUGGAAUGCACCGUUCAAGCCCUAUGACGUCGCAGCGACAGAGAAAGGCGAAUUUAUUGUUACCGAGAGAACUAAUCGCUGUUUAAUCAGCUUUCGACGAGAUGGAACACCAACUCCAUUUCAUUUUGGCGAGAGUGGAUUAACUAAACCACUGGGUAUCGUCGUCGAUGUUCGUCGCCGCGUGCAUGUCGUGGACGUUCCAUCAGGACAGCCCGAUGGAGCAUCAUCGGCGAUCAGCUGUUUCACACAUUACGGGACCAAAGCAGGCAGCUUCCGUUACAAAGAGAGAAAUUCCCCUGAUAUGUUACCACAGUCGGCGAAGUUCAUUGCCGUGAACAGCAAGAACCACAUCAUCCUGCCAGACUACAACGGUCACAAAGUUAUCGUAUACAACUCCAGAGGGCGUUUCCUGUACCAGUUCGGGUCAGAAGGUCAAGGAGACGGCAAAUUCGAACAUCCGUCAGGAGUCGCCAUUGACAAAGACGACAACAUCUUCAUCACAAGUAACCACCGCGUACAGAUGUUCACGUCUCGCGGUGCUUUCAUCUGCCGCGUGGAUGGGAUAGAAGACGAGGUCAAUAAGCCACGGGGAGUUGCAGUGUCAAACACGGAUUCCACCUUCAAAGUUGUUGUCGCCGAUGCAGGAAAUGAUUGUGUACGGGUGUAUGAGAGCCAGAAAUGA